AUGGACUUGACCACCACUUCGCAAGACAGUCUUAUUCCAUUCCUCAUGCUUUCCGAAUCAUUUGUGGCGUCGACGCUGGCCUCCAGCAAAUCUCCGACAGCCUCGCUCCGAGAUGUAGGGAUCUGCGUUCAUGAAUUGCUCCCUUCUUCGAUACUGCGAUCGACCUUCAAGAAGAGCUCUACCACAACCAAUUGUUUGGCCGUCAGCCCCUCGCAUAUUUUCACAGCCCAAGCAGACAAGGCUGUGUUGCACGUGUACAGCAGAGAGAAAGGAAACCAAGAGGGAAUCGUACCAUUUCCCGAACGGAUACGCAGCAUUGCUGUUGCAGGCGGCAAGUAUGGAGAUGUCUUAGUUUUGGGUACUGAGGGUGGCCGAUUAAUCCUCUGGGAGACAUCCACAGGACGUCAGGUUGCCACGACGGCCUCGCAUCUGCAACCUGUGACCUCAAUCGUUGUCGACCCCACCUCCAACUUCAUUCUGUCUGGCUCCUCGGAUGCUAGUGUACAUGUCUGGUCCUUGUCCGGCAUCCUCUCUUUCUCGAAACCCGCUUUUAGCGCGACUCGUCAACCCACGAACUCGCCUAUUCGAACAUUUUCAAAUCACCGCGCAGCUAUUACCUCCCUUGCUGUCGGACACAGCAAUGGCCGGAAUAAUAUUGUGGUAUCAACUGCGAAAGAUAAUACCGCCAUUGCAUGGGACUACCACACUGGGCGUUCCCUGAGAACGUUCCUCCUUCCUUUCUCCGCAACAUCUGUGGCUCUAGAUCCGGUCGACAGAGCUUUCUACGUUGGAUAUGAAGAUGGCAGUGUACAAUCUGUGGAUUUCUACCGUGGCAACUCCUCGCAAAAUCCUCUACAUGACCCCUCAGUACAAUCGACCCCAGUACAGGUCUCCACCGAGGACAGGUGGCUCCCUCCGUCCGCCGAAUCAGGAUCGGUGAAUACAAUCUCCCUUACAUACGAUGGCACCACCUUACUCUCAGGCCACGCGAACGGCAAGGUUCUUUCUUGGAAUGUUGCCCGCCGCAAGUAUAUCUCUGCGGUUGCCGACUACACGCAUCCAAUCACCAAUCUGUUCAUGCUGCCUCCAGGUGGCAUCCCCCACCCAUCAUCAGACUUGAAGAGAAAGGCCCACACUGUGGUCAAGCCGCGCCACGACAAUGGACUGUCAGCUCCUCUCCACGCUCCCGGCGCGGUUCCAGCCGAGUACAUGUUCCAUACGCAGAUCAUCGCUUCCGACUCAAAGACUCGCAAACCCACUCAAUUCUCCCAAGCACUAACCCACGCCUCAUUCCCCGACUUCAUGAUCGACGACGGUCUAGCAGAGCUAGCUGCAUUCCACCAGCCCGGCACAGAAGUCCGCGUCUCGGGCAGUGCUCCCAAGGAACCUGUCGAAGACAGGGCUCACGAGUCGCAGGUCGCCGAGUUAGAAAACGUGGUAUCCGUGCUCAAAAAGAAAGUCGCAGUCAAUGAGACAGCUCGUCACAAUGCAGAUGAUGAGGUCGUGCAAUUGCGCUCGGACCUCGCCAACCUGCAGGAUUACAUCAAUGAGCUCCAUGAGAAGCAGGAGGCGGCUCAGAAAGCUAAGGUCCUGCGCAAAGCAAGGAAGCAGGAGCACGAGAGGAAGAAACGGGAAGCUUGGCUUGCUGCCGAGAAAAAUGGACGCAGUGGGGAUGCGGUCGUGCAAAAGAUGGACGUCGAUGGUGCUGUGACCAGUGACUCAGAUGAUCAGAGUGAUGAAUAA